UUUUAAAUAAAGCGGGCUUUUCAACAAGCAACGAAUUUUGUAUCGGCCCUCAGACACAGUUUGCCAUUGGAAAUAAUUUGCCAUACAAUGGAAUUAGAUGACGAUGUACCCAACGAAGACUUAUCAACACUUAAGGAUGAAAUUUGCAUGCUUAAGGACAAAAUUGCCCACUUAGCAAGCCAGCUAGAAGAAAGUGAAAAUGAAGCAUUUACAGCUGCCGAGUUAGGCCAGCAACUUCUUGAGGAAAAGGCAUCUUUAGAGGCGAUCAGAGAGGAAGAAAGAAUUAGCUUCACAGUAAAGUUAGAGGAGCUCAUUCAAGAGAAUUAUAAUCUGAGCGCCAAGCUUGAGUCUAAAGAGAAACUACUUGCCUCCCAUUCACAAGAAAAUGAAGAAAGUAGAAAGAAAAGACAAGAACUGGAGAAGCAGCAGCUAGAGUCUUCUUAUGAGCGAAAGAUAAGUGACUGGAAAGAUGAAUUGAAGAAAGAAAAGAUGACACACGAUGAGGAAGUCUCACAACUGAAUUUGAAGAUACAACAAAGCCAAGAAACUAUUGAAAAUUUACAUGAGACAGUGGCUGCUUUAAGGAAACAGAAUAAAGUUACUGAUACAAAACUAUCUGAUCCAGAUGAAAUUCAUGAACUGAAAAUUGCAUAUGAGGCUUGCUACCAAACAAAGCUAUCUUUGGAAGAAAAUCUUAGUGAAAUGAUUUGUGAUAAUGAAAGAAAAGGCCUUGAUAUUUCCAAUUUGAGAGAAAGAUUAAAAGAAAUGAAUGAAGAACUGACAGAGAAAACUAGGCAAAAAAAUGACUGCUAUCAGCAUCUAGAGGAUGCCAAAAACACAAUUGCAGAAUUGAUGAUAAAGGUUAGUCAACUAGAGAUGGACUUAAAAAGCAGAGGGCAUUCAAAGAAAGGGAAUUCACUUUUUGGAGAGCUUGAAGACAAACGAGUGGUAGCAGAGCAAAGGCUUGUUGUGUUCAAAGCAAAAUAUGAAUCUCUUCAAAAGGCGUAUGCCAUUGCAAAAAAUGAGAACUUGAAAAUGAAGAAUCAAGUGCUCUGUUUUCUGCAAACCCGUGGCGACCGUGCUGAUCGCAUGAGAAUUGAGCACUUGGAACAAGCUCUCACUGCCAAAAGAACUGAAUGUGCGAUGUUGACAGCAAAGCUUAAAAGAGUCGAAGAACAAAACGUCUCAAAAGCCAACGAUGUUGUUAAAAGGGUCAAGGAAGAUUUAAGUCUUUAUCAGGGUCCUGAAACUUCAAAAGAAUAUGUCAGUUUAUUACUGGUUAAUGCAGAGGAAUACAAGCAAGAGAUAGAGAAUCUUCAAACAGAGAUCGAGAAAAUAAGACUUGCCUUGAUCGCAAAGAACGACAAAUUACAGGACACUCAGCGAAAGCUCUACACUGCAACCUUUUCAUCCGAGAAACAUAGAAACGAAAGUCUAAGAGCGAAGCUGAAGUACGAAACAGAGAAAGGUAAAACAACUGAACUGGAAAGUUUUUUGGAGAAACUUGGAAUAGUUGACAGAUCUGCAGUCUCAGAAAAGAAUUGGGGAGAAAUUAUAAAGGAAAGGCAAGUGGUUCUUCCCAGGUAUAUGCAAACGGCAACAGCGAAGACAGAGGCUAGUCACAAGGCUAACAACAGUGUUAAGGAGGAGACUCCUGGUGAAUGCGCAGCAGAAGAAGCUGCAAAGAUGGAGGAGGAAGAGGACGUGUGGACUGAAUGCGAUCGAAAACGCCCUGUUUCAGAACUUAGUGCAGAGGAGCAAAGGCAAAAAUGUAUCCGUUUACUGCAGAAGACACUCCCAAAAGAACUUGCUGAUCAGUACAUCCAAAAGUAUAAGACAGAAAAACAGGAUUUUAUAGAAAAUGACAGUGUGCCAACAAAGAAGGGUAAAAAAUUAAAGAAAACAACAAGAAAGGUAAGUUUCAAAGACGAAGUUGAUGAGUUUGGAGAUGAUCGGAAAAAUCUGUCCGUCAAAGAUGAAAAUAUAAACACUGAAAACAUCGAUUGUCAGAAAUCUCAAGAGACGGUUUUGGGACGCAAAUCUGACAAAGCAAAAGUCGUUGUUGCUGACUCUAAUCAAGAUGAAGCUUGUAAAGUCCAAUAAAACUGGUUUCCAAAUAUGUUUUCGUUUGCAUUUGGUAUUUUCUUUCAUUUGGCGCCACAAUAAUCACGUUUUGUUCACCAUAAUUACAAAAGGUGCUGUUGAUUUUUAUAAAAUGGUAGAUGUUUUGUCACUUAGUCGUACCUAAGCGAAAUGAAUGAAUGUAGAAUUAUUCAGCCUUUUGUAAAUAAGCAAUUAAUGCGAGGA